UGCCGACCAUCCUCGCUGCGCGCGUAACCGUAGUAGGCUAUUCGACACAUCUUCUUCGCUUCUUCAUCUUUUCUUUAUUUGUCUGAAAGCAAGAAUAUUUAUGAAUGUCACACCCAGAAGCACCUGCUUGGAGAUAGAGGAUGAAUUCUAUAUUGUUUUAUGUGGACAAUCAGACAGAUGUGUCAGCGCUGUUCACCACCCGGCCAUCGGAGGGAGCUGGAGAAGCAAACGCUAGCUGUCGCUUCGAUGAGGAGUUCAAGUACGUCUUGCUGCCCGCGUCGUACAGCCUGGUGUGUGUCCUGGGGUUGGUCCUCAACUCCAUGGCCCUGUGGAUGUUUGUGUUCAAAAUGCGGCCCUGGAAGGCCGGGACCGUGUUCAUGUUCCACCUGGCCGUGUCAGACACGCUGUACGUGCUCUCCCUGCCCACGCUCAUCUACUACUACGGCAACCGCAGCCACUGGCCCUUCGGGGUGGCCCUUUGCAAGAUGGUACGUUUCAUGUUCUACGCCAACCUGUACUCCAGCAUUCUCUUCCUCACCUGCAUCAGCGUGCACCGUUACCUAGGCAUCUGCCACCCCAUCUGGUCCCUCGCCGCGGUGAAGCCCCGCGCCGCCCAGGUCGUGUGCGGCCUGGUGUGGGCCGCCGUCACCGCCUGCCUGGUGCCGAACCUCAUUUUCGUCACCACCAGCCGGCGGGACGGCGACACGCUGUGCCACGACACCACCAGGCCCCAGGACUUCGAGGGGUACGUGAACUACAGUUCGGCCGUAAUGACCAUGCUCUUCGGCGUUCCCUUCCUGGUGAUCGUGGUGUGCUACUGCCUGAUGGCGCGGGCCCUGUGCCGCCCCAGACGCGGUCUCUCCCCGGGCCAGCACCGAGGGUCUUCCCGCAGGAAGUCCGUCACGCUGAUUGUGGUGGUGCUGGCGGUGUUUGCCGUGUGCUUCGUGCCCUUCCACGUGACACGUACCCUGUACUACGCGUACCGAGUGCUGGGCGCCGACUGCUCUGCGCUGAACGUCGUUAACUUUGCCUACAAGAUCACACGCCCGCUGGCUAGCGUCAACAGCUGCAUCGAUCCCAUUCUCUACUUCCUGGCCGGGGACCACUACCGCUCCAAGCUGAUCCGGGCCCUCACCCGCCAGACACCCGCUCGCUCCAUUGCCUCCGCGCCGCUGCCGCCCUCCCUCCCUCAGCCUUACAAUAUAUAUAAGAUCCCAGACCAUAAUCCCCACCAGGAGCCAAAUAGCUAGAGUCGGGAGAUAUGCCGUAAAACUGAGCGCUGUCAUGUGCUGCACUGGGUAGAGGUAUUUGCAGAAACACAAAUCCUUGGUAUCCAUUGCCCAGUUAAUCUGGAAUGCAGUAGAGAGUAGAGAUCAGCUUCUACCGCCUCUGUCUUCCUCCUUGUGCCUAAGGAAGCGGAACCUGAAAGGGUGUCCAAGCCAAGCAAUGGUCGUCAUAUCUAAUUCAUUCUUUCUUAGUCAUCAUCCUUACUACAUCUGAACCAUGGGGGACUAAUAUGUCCAAUGCUGAUAUGUGAUCACACUUUGAAAACUGGUGAGGAUGUAAAAGUACACAGUUGGCCCUUUUGCUCAACAGUAUUUGGUUUGGAUGCCUCUUCUAGCUGAAGCUUCCUGACAGUAGACAGUCCAAGUUACAUUUGCCCUUCUGAUAGUUGUCAGAAUAUUCAGUCUGUAUGAAGGGAAGCUGAGAAGUAAAGUCAGACAAAGAAGAAACUUGCUAGCGAUGGGAAUGGCAACUACAACUCUCAUCAUAGGACACACACACAAAAUUCUGCAUUCCUAACCAUCCACAACUACCACUGUCCCUUUAAUGCAUUAAUAAUAAUGAUGAAAAAAGAAGAAAUAUGAGGAUUUUAUUUACAUUGAGCUUUUCACAAAUGCAGCACUUUAUAUAAAAGUGAAAUGUUCAGAGCAAAAUGCUUUUUAAAAGGACUAUAGUUGCACGAAGCCAUUCAUUACAAAUAAAUGAAAAAUUAAUGGUUGGGUCUGUUGCUUUUGCUACAGUGCUUGGUGAUAUCAUAGAAGGCGGUCAAUCUAUAAUGGAUAAUCCGGUGACAGUGGACAGUCAGUGUCAGUGUUCACAUGUUGCCCAGUGACUCCCUGCAAACCAGGACACAACAAAGCCACUGUGUGCCUCUAAACUAGAGCCGGUUCACCCCUCCCCAACCCCAAUCACACAGAGCAAAUUUACAACACAAAGCUUGCUCUAGAUAUCACACAACUAUAUACACAAAUUCUCUAUCAAGUUGCUACAACUGGCUGAAACUGGAUUUAAUGAUGUUAAACGUGAUACAUUUUCCGUGCAACCUGGACCAGGAUUCCGUACAUAGGUACCGAAUAGGUUGUGGAUGAUUCUGUUCUAAAAACCAGCAAAGAGGCGAUAAAGGGCCUAUUGAAAGCACCUCCUCAUGUCAGCACAGAUAGAAUUACACAUUCCCUCUGGCUCCGAUACAGACUCUACCCCACACUCUUUUGGGUUCCUGAAAAGGGCUCUGCCGUCAUGACCCUGUUUUCUGUGAUGGAGAAAUUCACUCAUCAGAUUCUCUCAUCAAGUGCUGCCAAGCGGACUUUCCCCAAGCUCUUCUGGAAGCUUCUUUGGCUGUUUGUACCUAGUUGUCUUGCAAAGGUCAGUGAUACUUGUUUCCUAUCUCCAUUGUAUAACUGGUGGGAAAGGGCUGACGUAAAAGCACUCCUCAGUUUCGAACAUGAGGAAUUAGACUGAACUUAUGCUAAUUCACACCCGGCCAGAUACCCAUUGCUCGCAUGCUGAAUACAGCUGUGGACAGUAGAUCAGAUCUCUGUACUCUAGGUUUUCCUCAGUCACCAAUUUAAAAAAAUGAAUUGUGUGAGUUGCGCCCAUCCCUGGCACUCCAACAACAAAAAUAGCUUUUUAGAAAUGUAUGAAAGUGAAAAUUCUACUUUUUAAAAUACUCCUUUAAAAUAAGGAGAAUAAAACCUGCCUUCAUUUUGAGAAUAUGUCCAACUGCAACAUUGUUUCAAUGUGUUUGUGGGGAGCUGUUUUAUUAUUAUAGUUUGUAAUAGUAUUACAUUUUUAUACAUCUUA